AUGAAGUCAUCACGGAUACUCAUCAUAAUAGGAAUCAUACUCUUGGCGGUGCUGGUCAUGGUGGUGGCUGAAGCGCUUGGGUUUUUUGGAAAUAGCACUGGGAAGGCGGAAUCACAGAAUGGCGACAAUGGAAAAGACCGGCUAAGCCUAAGCCAGAGUAUAGUUAGAGCAUUCUUUAGAAUAGUCACUGGAGUGGCAAUAAUAAAAGUCAUAAAGGGCUUCUUCUUCCCAAGCAGAAGUAAGCCAGAUGAGCCGGAUGAAGGGGGAUCAAGGCAUCCGUCCGCUCCACCAUUGUCACACUACAAUUGUCAGAAUCGAUCCUCAGCUCCAAGUUGCCAUCCCCCUAGCUAUGACGAAGUCUGCCACCAACCUCCUCCAUACUCUAUAAUGAAGUCACCCACUAUCCAUCCAUAA